AUGUUUUACACGUUUAGAUAUCGACGUCUAGCACUGAAAUUCCAUCCAGCUAAAAACUCAAACGAUUUGAAUUCACAAACUAAAUUUAAUGAAUUAGCAGAAGCCUAUGAGGUAUUAAGUGAUCAUCAAAAGCGGGCUAUUUAUGAUCAAUUUGGUGAAGAAGGUUUAAAACAAGGUGUACCCGUUGGCCCAAAAAAUGAAUGGAGUGAUGGUUACAUGUUUCAUGGAAAUUCGGAAAAAGUGUUUCGCGAUUUUUUUGGUGGUGAUAAUCCGUUUGCAGAGUUUUAUGCAACGGCUGAACAAGAUCGAAACCUUGGUUUUGGUGGCCUAGAUGGUCGUGGAAGAAAAAAGCAAGAUCCACCAAUUGUUCGAGAUUUACUAUUAUCAUUAGAAGAUUGUUAUCAUGGAGCAAUUAAAAAAAUUAAAAUUAGUCGAAGGGUUAUGAAUGACGAUGGUUUAACAUCGAGUAUUCGUGAAAAGAUUUUAUCUAUCACUGUUAAACGUGGUCUAUUAUCGGGUUCAAAAGUAACAUUUGAACAAGAAGGCGAUCAAGGUCCGAAUACAAUUCCAUCUGAUCUUGUUUUUGUUGUCAAAGAUAAACCACAUCCACAUUUUCGUAGAGAAAAUUCUGAUUUAAUACAUACCGCCAAAAUUAGUCUUGGGCACGCAUUAACCGGACAAACUAUUCAUAUUGAACAUUUAGAUGGAAGAAAAUUAGAUAUACCUAUCACAGAAAUUGUCCGACCUGGUUACAAGAAGCGAAUACCUGGACAAGGUAUGCCAUUGAUGACUAAUCCAGAUAAAUUUGGCGAUUUAAUCAUUGAAUUUGAUGUUGAAUACCCAACAGCGUUAAAUUCAGAUCAAAAAACAUACAUUAAAGAAGCAUUGAUACAUAGUUUAGUUAAAAGUAAACAGCAGCAACAAAGCGGAAAUAGACAACAGCGAAAAAAAUCAACGGAGAAGGGAGACGAGUGGGACUAA